UUGAUAAUGCUUUUAUAAAGUUUGAUUUUGACCACAAGAGCGUCAGCAUGGCGAACCGAACUGUGAAGGAUGCUCAUUCGGUGAAAGGGACGAAUCCUCAGUAUCUAGUGGAAAAGAUCAUUAGAACAAGAAUUUACGAAUGCAGAUACUGGAAAGAAGAAUGUUUUGCGCUGACUGCUGCCUUGCUGGUGGACAAGGCCAUGGAGCUGAAGUACAUUGGCGGUGUGUAUGGCGGUAACGUAAAACCAUCUCCAUUCCUCUGCCUUGUACUCAAAAUGCUGCAGAUCCAGCCAGAAAAGGACAUUGUUGUUGAGUUCCUCAGAAACGAGAACUUCAAGUAUGUUCGAGCACUUGGAGCAUUUUACAUGCGAUUAACAGGGUCAUCAUUGGACUGCUACAAAUACUUGGAGCCCCUGUAUUACGAUUACAGAAAGCUGAAACGUCAGGACAAAGAUGGUGGGUUUGAGCUGAUACAUAUGGAUGAGUUUAUAGAUGAAUUAAUUAGAGAGGAACGAGUGUGUGACAUCAUCUUACCGAGACUCCAGAAACGAACAGUGAUGGAGGAGAGUAACACACUGGACCCUCGGGUCAGUGCAUUGGAGGAGGAUCUGGAGAACAUGGACACCUCAGAUGAUGAGGAGGCAGUGCAUGAGAGAAGUUUAUCUCCGGAGCGGAGGAGAGGCAGCCACAAAGAUGUAGACAAACCAAACAGAAGUCCAUCACCGCGACACGCUCGCAGUCCUUCACCCCACAGCAGGUCUAACCGAAAGCGUUCUCGGUCCCGUGACAGGGAUAAGGACAGAGACAAGCGUCGCAGAUCUCCAGAGAAAUCAAGGCGUCGUGAUGAGGAUGAUGACAGAAGAAGAAAGCACAAAAAACACAAACAUGACCAUAAAGAUCAUAAAGACCGAAAGGAAAGCGAUCGCCAUCACAAACACUCUGACGACAGUGACCGCCAUCACAAACAUUCAGAUGACCGUGAUCGUGAUCGCCACAAACACAGGGAUCGUCGUGACAAACGUGAAAGUGGCUUAUCACAGAAAGAACUGGAAAUCAAGGAAGCAAAUGAGCAGAGGGCCAAACUAGGCCUGGGACCAUUGAAAUAGAACAGAACUGGGAACUAAACAAUAAUGAAAUGUGUUGGUUAGCUAGUGCAUCCAGGGAAACUUGUACACCUCUGUCUUGGUUUAUUAAAUGUCUAUUAUGAUAGCAGGGUAAUUUAUGUCUUUUAACAAAAUAUCUUUUUAAUGGAAUGAAUAAGGAAAUUUAGAUUUUGUUAAAUUUUACAUAGCUCAAUGAAAAAUAUUUGGUAGAACACUGGCCUAUGCUUUAGAAAGAAAUUGUAAGACUAUUGUCAUCAAACCAAAUUUGGUAUUCUUUCCUUUUUAUUGCAGUGUAUGGAAAUUUCUUUUAGUGAAUCUUGGGCUCUUAUAGCAUCCAGGGGCACACAUUUUGAGAGUAUAUGUAAAUUUCAGUUCACAUGCAUUGAGAACUAGCCAUGUCAUUUUUGACACCAAUGAACUAUUUCAAGUGCAAUAGUAUGACACUAAUUUCAAACCUUGUGCCUAAGGGUGGCUCAAUAUCAGAAAAACACUUUUAAUUAUAGUCCUUUCAUAGGAUUGCUAUACUCUGUAUAUCAUGUUUCAUGACACCUGCUAUAUGCUGUAUAUCAUGUUUCAUGACACCUGCUAUAUGCUGUAUAUCAUGUUUCAUGACACCCGCUAUAUGCUGUAUAUCAUGUUUCAUGACACCUGCUAUAUGCUGUAUAUCAUGUUUCAUGACACCUGCUAUAUGCUGUAUAUCAUGUAUAAUGACACCUGCUAUAUGCUGUAUAUCAUGUUUCAUGACAACUGCUAUAUGCUGUAUAUCAUGUUUCAUGACAACUGCUACAUGCUGUAUGUCAUGUUUCAUGACAACUGCUAUAUGAUGUAUAUCAUGUUUCAUGACAACUGCUAUAUGCUGUAUAUCAUGUUUUAUGACAACUGCUAUAUGAUGUAUAUCAUGUUUCAUGAUACCUGUAAUAUGCUGUAUAUCAUGUUUCAUGACAACUACUAUAUGCAGUAUAUCAUGUUUCAUGACAACUGCUAUAUUCUGUAUAUCAUGUUUCAUGACCACUGCUAUAUUCUGUAUAUCAUGUUUCAUGACAAUUCUUGUCUGCUUUGUCCAGAAAAAAGUUUAAUACUGUUCUGCUGUACUAUAUAACAAGAAACUGUUGCAAGUAAAUAAUGAUUUUGUUGAUUUAAACUUGUAUGGUAAGUUGGUACUAAUUUAAGUUCUACAAUUGUUUGCUGUACUUAACAAACUUGUGGGGUCAGUUGGUACAUGCAUUGUACACCUGGCUAUACAUUAUAAACUUGCUACAUCAUUCAGUAAGUGUAUUUGAACACUUAAUCACUUACUAUCAGAUACUUAUUUUUUGGCCAACUGCAAAAAACUAAAAUGUUGAUACUCUGCAAAAGUUUCGGAUUAAUAAUAAUAUACAACAUUUGAUAUAGCGCCCCAUCUAGCUAACAUAAGCCACUCU